CCCCCCGCCACUAUACUUUCAUUUCUAUUAUUUUUAUCCCCUGCUGAAAACCCUAAUUCAAAAUCCCCUCUCACUUCUUCACUCAACCUCUGCAAUACCUUAGAAUCAAGUGCCGAGAGUGAUGGCUGGAGGAUCAGAGGGUGCUGAAACUGCUCUAUCUUGCGCUCAAUGUGGAAAACCUGCUCAUCUUCAGUGCCCCAAAUGCAUUGAGUUAAAGCUUCCUCGCGAAGGGGCUGCUUUCUGCACACAGGAUUGUUUCAAGUCUUCCUGGAACUCCCAUAAAGCAGUUCACUUAAAGGCAAAACUGUCUUCUCUUGCAACUGACACUCCAGGAGAAAAGAAUGGUUCUUCUACUGAUGGCUGGUUAUAUUGCUUGAAGAAAGGACAGGCUCGAACACCAAAACUUCCUCAUUUUGACUGGACUGGGACUCUAAAGCCGUAUCCAAUCUCAAAAAAGCGUCUAAUUCCUGGUCACAUUGAGCAACCUGAUUGGGCUAUUGAUGGAAUCCCAAAAAUUGAGCCCAACAGUGAUCUGCAACAUGUUGUUGAGAUCAAAACUCCAGAACAAAUAGAACGAAUGAGAGAAACUUGUCGUAUAGCAAGGGAAGUUUUAGAUGCAGCUGCUCGCAUGAUUCAACCUGGUGUGACCACUGAUGAAAUUGAUGCUGUGGUCCAUGAAGCUACUAUUGCUGCUGGCGCAUAUCCAUCCCCCCUAAAUUAUCAUUUUUUCCCCAAAUCAUGCUGCACGUCAGUGAAUGAAGUGAUCUGUCAUGGGAUUCCUGAUGCCAGGAAGCUAGAGGAUGGUGAUAUUGUAAAUGUUGAUGUCACUGUGUAUUAUAAAGGGGUCCAUGGCGAUCUCAAUGAGACAUUCUUUGUUGGUAAUGUCGAUGAAGCUUCUCGGCGUCUGGUUCAAUGCACAUACGAAUGCUUGGAUAAAGCUAUAUCAAUUGUAAAACCUGGGACACGUUUUCGGGAAAUUGGUGAGGUCAUUAAUCGGCAUGCAUCAAUGUCAGGGUUCUCUGUGGUGAAAUCAUAUUGUGGCCAUGGCAUCGGAGAGCUUUUUCAUUGUGCACCAAAUAUUCCCCAUUAUGCAAGAAAUAAAGCAGUUGGUAUAAUGAAGGCUGGCCAGACCUUUACCAUUGAACCUAUGAUCAAUGCAGGUGUUUGGCGUGACCGGAUGUGGCCUGAUGGAUGGACAGCUGUAACAGCAGAUGGAAAACGUAGUGCUCAGUUUGAACACACACUGCUGGUGACUGAGACGGGAGUUGAAGUUCUUACUGCUCGCCUGCCAACAUCUCCCAGUGUGUUCCCUUGGCUAAAUUCAUGAUCAGUCUGCUGCACUUUGGAACAAACUGGAGUCCAGAUGAGUACCUUACAGUAUGUACUUGUUGAAUGGCAUCAUGUCGGUUUUGCAAAGCCUUGAAAUUUUGGUUCGGGACUUUUAAUUUUCAAGUAGUAAAUUUAAGUCUCAGAUACUUUGCGGAAGAAUUGAGCAAUCCGCAAAUAUUUAACAAUUUUUGUAUACAAGUGGAGGUGGUGUAAUUUGUGUCAGAGAUUGUGUUCCAGUGGUCAUUUCAAAUUUUUACUGAACGAUGAUAAAACAUCUUCGAACAAUUUAGAAAGUUUUAAUAUUUGGGAAUGAUAAACUCAAUCUGCAUAUUUGGGAACAA